GAUAGAUCGAGAUCGGCCCUUAUCGCUGAAGUUCGGGGAGCCGAUUCGACGAGCGUGGAACCGGAAGUCGAGACCAUGGCCGACCCGACCAUACAGACGUUCUGCUGUCACCACACGAACCGAAGCGACAUGGCCCUUGACAUGAUGGAGGAGUUUAAUACGGAUGCCUACAAUACCGUGUGCAUGGUAUCGUCGUCGAUCGGCAUGCUCGGGGCCAUUUACCAGGUAUUACCGCGUCAACAAUUGAACUUUUCGCACGGAUGGCAAAGCUCUUCUGCAUCCAGGGGCCGAGAAAUUAUCGUAUGGCUGGCGGUUGCUGAUCUUCUAGCCUCGCUAGGUGUAUUUAUUAGAUCGGCGUUAUGGAUGAACUUUCGGUCAAUAAUGCCAAUGGAAGAUGACACGUCCAAUGUAGUAUUUUGUGCUAUUUCAUCCGCAUGGACACAGUACUUUUACAUGUCCACUUGGAUUUGGACUUUGUGCUACGCAAUCGAUAUGAAAUUAUUAUUAGGUGAAAAAGUUGGCCGACCAUUUUUGUAUCAUAUUUUUGCUUGGAUAUGCCCGGCGAUUCUCACGAUAUUUGGUCUUACGAUAUUGUACGUCCCGGAUGCCAAUUGUCACAGCUUAACUUCAUUAUCGUCGACAAUACUUCGUAUUCUCCCCAAUUAUUGCGCUACUUACGUUCUUCUUGCUAUCGUCAUGAUCGUCAAUCCUGUAUUGUACAUGUCGUCGACGAAAGAUAUGAAGAAAGUCGUGAUUUGUAGUAUGGCACAGAUGACCAGUAGAGAAAGGAAGCUCGUUCAUGCCAUUAGAUUAAAAUUUGCGAUGACUAAUAUCGUUUAUUAUGUUUGCUGGAUACCGAACUUACUUAACGGAAUUCUCCUCUGGACUCUAUGGUUUCAAUUGCCCGUUCAAGUAAUCAUUAUUCUUUGGUACAUUAUGGCGGUUACAAAUCCUCUUCAGGCAUUUUUAAAUGCUCUCGUUUACAAGAGAUGGGGUAGGCGAGAGUCAUUUCGAUUAGAAUGGUGUUAUAAGCUCAAAAUACUGAGAUCAAACUACUUUGGUAGUAGUGACGACAGCUCGGAACUGACCGAAUCGUCUCCGUUACUUAAUCCACAAUACCGAUGCACCUCGCACAUAAGCAUAAAUGGUUCGUCAUCAUUGUAAUGACUGUGAUACCCAAUAGAUUCGAUCUCCUUUCAGGAUGGAAGAUCGCUAGCACCAAGAGUCAAGGAUGUGACAUCGCGCACAAUCAUUUCAGCAAUUUUCCAU